AUGACCAUCGACGCCGAACAACAAGCUUUCCUUGAAGAAGUCGAACAAGUUAAGAAGUGGUGGGCUUCUCCUCGUUUCGAAGGUAUCAAGCGUCCCUACACUGCUGAAUCCAUUGUUUCCAAGCGUGGUACCCUCCCUACUACUUACCGCUCAGAUGCUCAAGCCAAGAAGGUCUGGAAGAUCCUCCAAGGCCACAAGGCUAACGGCACUACCACCCAUACCUUUGGUGCUCUUGACCCCGUUCAAGUUACUCAAAUGGCCCCUUACCUCGAAACCAUCUACGUUUCUGGUUGGCAAUGUUCUUCCACUGCUUCUACUUCCAACGAGCCUGGACCUGAUCUUGCUGAUUACCCUAUGGACACUGUUCCCAACAAGGUCGAGCACCUUUUCUUUGCUCAACUUUUCCACGACCGUAAGCAACGUGAAGCUCGUCUCAAGAUGACCCCUGAAGAACGUGCCAACACACCUUACAUUGAUUACUUGAGACCUAUCAUUGCUGAUGGUGAUACUGGUCAUGGUGGUAUUACUGCUGUUAUGAAGCUUGCUAAGAUGUUCGUUGAACGUGGUGCUGCUGGUAUGCACAUCGAAGAUCAAUCUCCUGGUACCAAGAAGUGUGGCCACAUGGCUGGUAAGGUCUUGGUCCCUAUUGCUGAACACAUCAACCGUUUGAUUGCCAUCCGUGUCCAAUACGAUAUCAUGGGUGUCGAGAACUUGAUUGUUGCUCGUUCUGAUGCUGAAGCUGCCACUCUUCUCUCUUCCAACAUUGAUCCUCGUGAUCACGAAUUCAUCGUUGGUACCACUAACCCUGACUUGGCUCCUUUGGCUACUACUAUGUACGAAGCUGAACAAGCCGGUAAGACUGGUGCUGCUCUUCAAGCCGUUGAAGAUGAAUGGGUUGCCAAGGCCGGUCUUAAGCGCUAUGGUCAAGCCGUUGCUGAUGAACUCAUCAAGGCCGGUAAGAAGGAGGCUGCUGAAGAAUUCCUCAACAAGAUCCACUACAAGUCCAACGCUGAAGCCCGUGCUAUUGCUAAGGAAUACGGUGUUGAAAUCUUCUGGGACUGGGAUCUUCCCCGUGUUCGUGAAGGUUACUACCGUUAUGAAGGUGGUACUGAAGCUGCUACUUCCCGUGCUAUUGCUUUCGCUCCCUAUGCUGAUAUGUUGUGGAUGGAAACCAAGAAGCCUGUCCUUUCUCAAGCCAAGAAGUUCUCUGAAGGCGUCUUGUCUGUCUAUCCCAAGAAGCUCUUGUGUUACAACUUGUCUCCUUCCUUCAACUGGGAUGCUGCUGGUUUGACUGAUGAUAACAUGCGCACUUACAUCGCUGACUUAGGUAAGCUUGGCUUUGCCUGGCAAUUCAUUACAUUGGGUGGUCUCCACGCCAAUGCUUUGGCCAGUGCUACCUUCGCCAAGAGCUUCAAGGAACAAGGUAUGCUUGGUUAUGUCAGCCAAGUUCAACGUAAGGAACGUGAACACGGUGUCGAUGUCCUUCAACAUCAAAAGUGGUCUGGUGCCAACUAUGUUGAUGAAUUGAUCAAGACCGUUACUGGUGGUGUUGCUGCUACUGCCGCUAUGGGUAAGGGUGUCACUGAAGACCAAUUCAAGGCUUAA